UUUCCAUGAGCCCUUCUUUCUUAAUUCUAACCCUCUAAUUAACUUAUUCUCCUGAAAACACCCUCCGCUCCAACCAAACCCGCUUUUCUUCCUCUCUUCCGGUUUCAAUCGCUUUCCCUUCCUCGUCUCCUCCCCGUUGCCAUGAGCUUCGUCGCUGCGAAACCAUACCGUAGACGCCUCCUCCUUCUCCUCCUCCGGAGGAGAACUGGAGCUACUGAUUUCUCCCCAACAUGCCCCCGCCGCUGCCCCUACGCCUCCUCUUCCAAUGCCCCCAUCGCCGCUGCCGAUCCAAGUUAUUUCAGCCGCAUCUUCCGCCCCGCGAAUCCGGCGUGGGGGAUCCGGCUCUUCUCCACGUCGGUCGAUCAAUUCUCUGGCGGCGACAAGAACCUCGAGCGAAUUUUCAUCCAGAACAUGACCGUGAAGCCCGUCGUCAUCGACGGCCUCGCGGUAGAAGAAGGAAGCGAAGCGGCGGCGGUUGGGUCGAAGGAGGGAAAAGAGGAGAUUGCCGAUGAUAAAAUUUCGGGAUUGGAGCAAACGGAGCAACCGGAAGUUGGGGAGGUGAAAGAGGAGUCCGAGGUGGAUAAGGAAGCGUGGAGACUUCUCAACAAGGCGGUCGUGAGCUACUGCGGGAGACCAAUUGGUACCGUGGCAGCCAACGAUGUGACUACUGCAGCAAACCAAGCGCUGAACUACGAUCAGGUGUUCAUUAGGGAUUUCGUGCCGUCUGCCAUAGCUUUCCUGCUCAAAGGGGAGAGUGAGAUCGUCCGGAACUUUCUCCUUCACACCUUGCAGCUUCAGAGUUGGGAGAAGACUGUUGAUUGCUAUAGCCCUGGACAAGGGUUGAUGCCAGCUAGUUUCAAAGUUAGAACUCUCCCCUUGGAUGGAAGUAAUGAAGCUUUUGAAGAGGUCUUGGACCCUGAUUUUGGAGAGUCUGCAAUUGGACGUGUAGCUCCGGUUGAUUCUGGAUUAUGGUGGAUUAUAUUGCUCAGAGCAUAUGGGAAGAUUACUGGGGACUAUGCAUUGCAAGAGAGAGUAGAUGUGCAAACAGGAAUUAGAUUGAUUAUGAAUUUGUGUUUGUCAGAUGGAUUUGACAUGUUUCCUUCUCUUUUAGUCACGGAUGGCUCAUGCAUGAUAGAUCGAAGGAUGGGUAUCCAUGGGCACCCACUUGAGAUCCAAGCAUUAUUUUAUUCUGCUUUGCGGUGCUCACGUGAAAUGAUCACUAUUGAUGAUGGAUCUAAGAAUCUGGUGCGUGCUAUCAACAACAGGCUGAGUGCCUUGUCAUUCCACAUAAGAGAGUACUAUUGGGUUGAUAUGAAGAAGAUAAAUGAAAUCUAUCGCUACAAGACGGAGGAGUACUCCUAUAAUGCCAUUAACAAGUUCAAUAUAUAUCCUGAACAAAUCCCCUCUUGGUUAGUUGACUGGAUUCCUGAGAAAGGAGGUUAUCUUAUUGGCAAUUUACAGCCAGCUCACAUGGACUUCCGGUUCUUCUCUCUUGGUAACUUUUGGGCUAUUACCUCCUCUCUAGCUACUCAGAGACAAGCUGAGGGUAUUUUAAAUCUUAUCGAAGAUAAAUGGGAUGAUCUUGUGGGACAUAUGCCUCUUAAAAUAUGUUAUCCUGCUCUAGAAUAUGAGGAAUGGCGUAUAAUUACAGGCAGCGAUCCCAAAAACACUCCAUGGUCAUAUCACAAUGGUGGGUCUUGGCCAACACUUUUAUGGCAGUUCACUUUGGCUUGCAUUAAGAUGGGCAGACGAGAAUUGGCACAGAAAGCUGUUGCAGUGGCUGAGAAGAGAUUGCCGAAUGACAGGUGGCCCGAAUAUUAUGAUACACGUACUGGAAGGUUUAUCGGGAAACAAUCUCGGCUGUAUCAGACGUGGAGCAUUGCUGGAUUCCUUGCUUCAAAAAUGCUAUUGGAAAAUCCAGCUGCUGCAGCAGUAUUAACAUGUGAUGAAGACAUCGAGCUUCUCGAAGCCUGUGCUUGUGGUCUGAGCAAGAAUGCUCGAAUCAAGUGUUCUCGCCUUGCAGCCAAAUCACAGAUUGUCUCUUAGCCUCACUCAUUUUGGUGGAAUAUACUGUAGCCCGGUUAAUCCUAGAACAAACAACACAGCAGAUUGAUUCAUUUAUAAGAAUACAAAAAAAAAGGAGUGACAUGGACUGGGAGAAUCAAGUUAUAGCUGAUCAGAAGAUGGAUAAGUUUGUACAUAUUACUUUAUCAGAUGCCAUUUCCCGUGUUCACGGUAUACUAUCAUAAAGAUGUUGGAUCCAGAAAUUGCUUUGCUGCAAUUUUCAUUCAUAAAGCUACAAGACUAAAUGAAGCCCUCAACUAUUCUUCAUUGGUUGAUGCAAUUUAUGGCAUUGUGGUGAUCGAUCCAACUAUUUUUUGUUGUAUUUUUUUUUUGUGCUGCUUUGCGCUCCACAUAACAGAUAGCUUCACAAAUAGUUAACACUUGUGGAUUAUCUCUUCUUUCAAGAGCUUUGAAGAACAAGAGAAGACCCGCCCGGCAAUUCCUUAAGCACUUGCUGCUAUUUGUACUCUUUCGAUAGGAUGCCUGAACACAUUUUUUUCUUUUCUUUUUUUAUUUCUUCUCCCUGUUGCCUUUGGUGAGUGGCUUGUUUUUGCAAGAAAAUGUGGAUCUGACUGUUCAAGGUAUUGCAAGCCACUGUCGGUUGAAAAUUACUAAUCUCAGCAAUGUCUGUGUUUUUAUCA